CUUGGGAUUCUCUGGUUUUGAAGAAGGACUCCUUUCAGCAGUCACUGCGGUGUCGCUUCGUGAGACUUUCGUUCCUUCCCUCUUUUUUCUCGUUGCCUCUAACCGACUCUUGGCCUCUUCGUGCGCUUGGUCCUUCUCUCCCUCACAGUUUGCUUCCCAACUUCCUCGUGGUAAUUACGUUCUGCUCGACUUUUGUUCUCUCUGCAUGUCCUCAGUUUUUGCUUUUUCUCUCCAGAGUUUUCUCCGUCGGGUCUUCUCCAUUCCCUCUGUGUCUUUUGCCACGGAUGCGCGGACCCACUUUCUUCUGCCUCGCUGGCGCCCUUCGGCCCCUGAAGUUUUGUUUCGUACGAAAGAACUAACGCACACAGCCACCUUUCACUCGAGUGGACAGAACCAGCUGCACUUGCAAGUGCGGCGCCUCCAUAUAAGCCACAAAAGCAGAUCUGGCGCUCACUCUGUUCGAAAUCGGAGCUUCAUUCGAAAGCCUCGCCAAGGAGAAAUGAGGUGCCUUUCUGUCUCGCCGCCCUUUGUAGGCGAGAUGACGCCGUCUCGCCUUUGGUUUCGGCGUCAGCGAAUUCCGCGGUCUUGUCACAGAAGCCGGGAGAUGGGGGACCCUCAGCCAUUUUCGCCUGCGACAGAAAUUUCUCUUUCUGGGAGGGACUCUCUUCCUCCCCACACACGGCAACGUAACAUUCAGGGCAACAUGUCAGUGCAUCAAGGUCCUCCCUCCCAGCCGCAGAGACGCGAACGGCUUUUUCUCCACCUGACGUCGCCGGUUAAGAGGAAGACUCUUCUCUUUCUCGGGGCAUCUCCCCCCACCCUUCAGUGUCUUUCGUCUUCGUUUUCUUCUGCCAGUGCUUUCGCGCCCCAGGUUACUUCUUCGUUUUGUUAUUGUCCACAUGCAUUGCGAGUCUUUCAAAACACGGCAGAAUCCCCAGUGCCUUCUUCAUGUUCUUCACCCUUCUCGACCCCACCCGCCUCUUCACACAUUUCUUCUUCCCCUUCUUCUUCUCCCCCGUCUCCUUCGUCGCCUCUUCUCCCUUCUCCCUUUUCUUCUCGUCCGUUUUCUUCUCUCUUUUUCCGGUCUUCCGUGCCUUCACCUGCAUCUCUCCGUCGUACUGCCUGCGGUCCAGGUUCUUCUCGUUUCUUCUCCGGGACGUCGCGACGACUUUCGCUCUUUUUUUCGGACCCCCCGCCGGCGUACGCCCUGUCGCUGCAUGCAGGCUACAAGAUUCAGGCGGCCCUGUGCGUUGACCGACUGCCUCUGGUGUACCGAGAGCCUCGCUACGAGAAGCGCUGGCGAGAGUUCAAGGAGCAGUGGGAAGCGCAGACGAAGAACGGCUUGACGCUCGCAGACGAAAUCACCUUCAUGAAGUUCCCCUUCCACUUUUUCGAGACAGAAGAAGCCCAGAAGAAGAGAGAGGAACUUAUCUCCAAGACUGGAGAUGCCGAAGUCUCUGAACUGGAACUCCUCCUCAGUGAGGAAGGAUUCUCGGGAAAGAGAAAACUCCAAAGAGACAGAGACGCGAAGAAGGCAGCUCGCGAGGAGCAGAGUGCCGUGAAGAGCGCAGGACGGGGACAGGACGAGAAAGGCCUUCGAUCCUUGGAGCGGGAACCUGAGAGAACUCUCUACUUGAUUGUUCGAUAUGGAGACAGCUGGCAGUUCCCUCUUGAGGACCGCAUCCACGGCCAGUCGAUGAGGAGUACUCUGAAGCGACUCUGUUCAGAGCAACUGGGCAGUUCGUACGCGCCUUUUCUCCUCGGCUACUCUCCCUUCUCUUACGCCAAACGAACGUAUCCGAAGAAAACGAAGGAGGCUGGCAUCCUGGGACGGAAGAUCUUCUACUACCGUGCCCACCACAUCCCAGGCUCUGAGAAUCUGAAGCUUCCGGAGGGCAGUCCCGUCUCCGACUUUGCCUGGGUGACGCUUCAGGAGCUUCCUGCCUACAUUUCUCCUCGCAAGCUCGCUGCGGUCUCUGCAGGGCUUCUCCUAGAAGAAUAAGUUCCCCUUUCUCCACUAAAACAAACUAUCCACGCUUUUGCUCUCU